AUGCGUUAAUGUUUACAUCAUAGUAAUGUAUUAUCAAUUAUUAUUAUAAUAUGUCUGAAAAAUGUAAAACACAAUAUAGCGGUCUGUACGUUUCUCUCGUUUAUAAACGUUUUUUGUAAACUUCUCAGCCCAACGUCAUAAUACGCACUGCCUUCCUCGUCUAAAGAUUCUUGCCGGUCAAACGAUACCUGCAACCGAACGAUGGACGAUCAAAGUUCCGAUUCGUCUGACGAAUACAGUCCUAAUGUUAAUAAAGAAACAUUAAUUGUAAAUGGACUUUUUGGAACUGCUGAUGAAAAAAAUAAUGUUAAAAAUACCACUAUCUCUCCAGAUUUUGGUGAUGAUAUUAAUAUGGAAGCAGAAGAAGUAGUUGAAACAAUAAUUGACGAAGUUUGUAAUGAAAAUGAUUCACAUGUUAUAAAAACCACCGAAGAAAAGAAUUGUGAUGAUAAAAAUGGUGAUUGUGUUCAGACAACUGAAAAUAAUUGUUUUGGUAGUCAUAUGUUAUGUUCAGAUUCAGUUGAUUUGGAUCACACAGAAUUGCCAUCUUCAUUUGCUACAAUAUCUAAAAAUUAUGAAAAAACAAAAGAAUAUGAUGCUUCAAAAGACUCAGUUACAACACAAGAAAAUUUAAAAAUUUGUGAUACAUUGCCUGGAUCAGAUUCUAAGGCUGCUGUCAUAUUACCCAAAGGCAAUUUACCAUCAACACUCUCUUUAAUUUCUACUAAUUACCAAGAUUCAAGCUCUGAUGACAGCGAUACUAGCUCUGAUGAUAAUUCUAACGACGAUGAUCAACUGAUUGAUUCUGAUAAUGAAAAUAGCAUCAUUUCUGUAUCAUCUAAUACAUUUUCAAAGGAUGAAUAUGUUAAGACUAAAGGAGAAUUAGAUAUUAGUGAUUUACCACCUAUUGAAGAUUUAAAAAUAUCAGUUGAUGAAGACAAAUGUCAACCAGUUGGAUGUAUAAAAAAUGUUGUUGACACUUUAGUUAUCGUUGAAGCAUUUUUAAAUCAACCUGCACUGGAUAUUGACUCUGUACUAUUUGUAGAUCGAGGAAAACGAGCUUUAGGACGAAUAUUUGAUGUUUUUGGACCUGUCACUAAGCCUUACUACGCUAUCCGGUUUAAUAAUUCUAACCACAUAAAAACAUUUGAUAUACAAAUUAAGGAACCUGUAUACUGCGCUCCUCAGACAGAAUACGCAAACUAUGUUAUGGUGUCUCAGCUCAUGAAAAUGAAAGGAAGUGAUGCUUCCUGGAGAGACAAUAAUGAACCACCUAUUGAGUUUUUAGAUUAUUCUGAUGACGAAGCAGAAAAGUUAGCAAAGAAAAAUCGCAAACAAAAAAAAACUACACAACCCUCAGGAGAAGGUGAUGAUAAAGUAAAUAGAAAAAAAUCGCCUGAUCCUCCCAAUCAAAGUGUUACUAGAAAUAACCCCACACCGAGAAAUAAGACACCACGUCCGUCAUUCCAGAAUUCCAACAAUCGGACACAACAAACAUACAGCCCUCGUCCUCCCAAUUAUGGUUAUGGUCCUAGACCAUUUCCGACCUAUGCUCAGCAUUUGAGUGCGAUGGAAUACAGUCAAGCUUAUCGUCAACCAUACAAUCCGUGGUAUUAUGAUCCAAUGUAUGCACCAAGACAUAACUAUCCACAUCAUUCUACUUAUAAUAUGCCACCAGUAUAUGAUUAUCGAUCUCAACCACCAAUGGAUCCGAAUAAUCCAAAUAAUCAAUUUCAUUACCCUGACCGUUAUAAUUAAAACCCUUGCAAUUAUUAUGAUUAAAAAUGUUUUUUUUUUUAUUUCA